UUCGAAUUUCAGUCGGUACGUGACAUUAUACAGCGUGUCAAUGUUAAGAACUGGUUUCUGUAACCUCUAUCAUACUAAUUUCCCUUAAAAUUAAAAUACCAAAUGUGUAGAAAAAGUUGUUUUCCAUGUUUCCUGAAAACAUGUGUAUUCGAGAGCGAUACUUCCCGUGAAAAUAGUACCAAUCAAAUUAUUUUUUAAUGCAUUCAGAUACAAUUUAUCGCGGUAACUUAAUGAUGUGUAUGCAACUGACAUUUACCGUUUUAUCUCAUACUGUGGCAUCAUGAUUUCAUAUCAGAAUUUUCGAGGUAAAUCAAGUACAUGAUUACGUUACGGUUGCGGCUAGCGAUAUCUACGCAGUUUUUGUCGAGACAGCAGCGAAGACUUAUCAAGGUGGUUGGAACUUUGCCAACAAUGGACGAGCCGAUAGUCACAGUAAAGCAAGGCAAACUCCGAGGAUGCACCGUUCAAGGUGUUCUAGGGUCCAGUUACAUCGCGUUUCACGAGAUACCUUUCGCUGCACCACCUGUUGGAAAACUCCGAUUCCAAGAUCCGAAACCACCUGCGCCAUGGACAGGUAUCAGAGAUGCGUCCAAAUAUGUCGGGAAAGCCUGUACACAAGUAAGGGAAGUCGCACCUUUCGAUGUGUUCGGUGAUGAAGACUGCCUUUACCUUAAUGUAUUUACGAAUUCCAUUUCCGACUGUGCACGUAAACCGGUUAUGUUCUGGAUUCAUGGCGGUUCAUUCAUAGUUGGAAGUGCCAGUUACAACGUGAAGAGGCCUGACUACUUAAUCAAACAAGACGUUGUCAUUGUUAUGACUAAUUACAGGCUAGGCGCAUUCGGUUUCUUGAAUCUGGGUCACCGAGCUGCGCCUGGGAACCAGGGCCUGAAGGACGUGAUUGCAGCGUUGCAGUGGGUCAAGGAUAAUAUUGCCAAUUUUGGAGGUGAUCCUGACAAUGUCACGAUUUUUGGUGCGAGCGCUGGAGGAAUAUUAGUUCAUGCCUUAACUGUGUCGCCAUGUGCUCAAGGGUUGUUCCACAAAGCGAUAAUACAAAGUGGAGUACUGCAGUCUCCGGUGGCUAUGAAUCAAAGUGUUCCAGCCCGUAGCUUCAAGCUUGCGGCACACCUUGGAUCAAAUUCCACCGAUCCUGUUCAAGUUGUUGAAUUCCUGCGAACGAUCGACGCCAAGGAUAUCGUGAAGGGUUAUUCUGCUAUGCUUACGAAAGAGGAGGAACAUAGUCUAUGUCUUCAGUUUGGAUUAAAUACCGAUAACAUAGCGGAAUACUCUGUGUUACCACAACCAUAUGAUGAAAUACUUUCGACAGUCACUGAUAUUCCCGUUAUGGUUGGGUAUACGUCUCAUGAAUUCAUGAUGUUCGUUGCAGACAAAUCCGAGAAAAUGAUGAAGAUGUACGAUAUGGCUCUACCGAUAUUUGUAAAACGCCUAGCGGACACGAAGAAUUUGAGCGACGCGGACACCGAUGAACUGUUGAGAGUCGUUAGGAAUCGUUAUUUUGGAGGUCAACCGCUAAGCCCGGACAAGAUAAACGAAUUUAUAGUGCUCAUGAGUGAUAUAGCUUUCGGCGUUGGAACGUGUAUCUAUGUAGAGGGUCGAGUGAAGAUGACAAGGGCACCUACUUAUUUUUACGUAUAUACGUAUGUCGGGAACGAAGAAACGCACACGGAUCUCCUUGUGAAACGUGUUGCUACUGGAGCCUCUCAUGUCGACGAGCUAUCGUAUCUGUUUUAUUCUCCUUACGUCAAAAUAAAAAACACUAAACCACCAGCGGAAGGUACUAAAGACAGAAUCGUGAUAGAACGUUUGACUAGAAUGUGGACUAAUUUUGCCAAGACAGGGAAUCCUACACCAUGCCACGACGAAUUUAUUGCGACUACCUGGGAACCUGUCACACAGAAUGAGCUCAAGUAUUUAAAUAUCGGCGAUGAAUCGAAAUUGUUAAUCAUGGAACCGCACGUGUUAAGCUCAAAAUGAAAUUUUGAAAUAUAUAAUUGUACGAGUUUUUUGUUACAUUAUAAGACAACUUUAUACAAUUAAUAACAAUAAUAAUAAAUGUCAUUCAGCAAGCGACA